CUCUGUCUGGAGAUGGGAACGCCUUGGCAUUGCCCUUCUGGCUAUGGAUGGACUGUUUACUCUAAUCUCUCCUCUCUCUCUCCUUUUUAACAUUUUUGUUCUGGGUUAAUUCUUAAAAUUAAAGAUUACUACCCUUUUAAUCUUGGACAUGGUCUUUUGUCUACCUCACAUCCCCCACCUUUCCCUCACCCAUUACUCGGUGGGUUUUGUUACCUCCCACUUUCAUCUUGUGGGAGAUUGUCAAACUUAAACCUUUUCUUCUCCUUCACUUCCCAUUUACGGAUUACUUCUUGGGUUUUCUUCUCAGAUCCUUCUUAAUAGAUCGACCCCUUUUUUUUCCCUUUUCAAAUUUCAAAUUUCCCCAUCUCUUUUGGGUAUAUCAAAGGGUGAAAGGGUUUGGCUUUUGACUUCUUCAAUCUGAAUUUUGAACUAAUCUUAUCGGUGACUUCGGCGAUGAUGGUUCUUCUAACCACGCCAAAAUUUAUGGACAUAAAUUCAAUCGAGUGUAUGUGGCUUCGUUUGUUGUCUGGAAAACUUUUUUGACCUGGCUCAUAUUUGAUAGAGAAAUUUACAUUUUCUCUAAUGCAAGGGCAAAGGAGUAGUGUUGGUUCUUUGUCAGAAACAAUAAACUUUGAACAUGGAUCUUCAUCAAAUAAUCCUGGUAACCAACCGGUAUACUGGAAUAACGUGUGGAAUCCAGCAGAAAACCGAAUACCAGAUUAUUUAUUACCUACUUCUGAUGUAAAUUCUGGAUAUGUAAACUCUGUGAGCCAUGAACAACGAAGUUUGAGCCGAUGGAGCUUGGGUGAACCUAGCUCUUGUGAUAUGCAAACUGAGAUGCUGCCUGAUGAGCAGAAAGCUGAAAUUGGAUGGUCUUCAAUGGCUAGUGAUGCAGAUGGUCCUGUUACCGAAAACCGACUUUGUGAGCCAUCAAAUAAUCCUUCACUGGGUCAUGUGAAUCUCAGCCCGCUGAUUAUACAAAAUUCUAAUUCUAAUUCUAAUGCUAUUCCUCAUAAUCUCAACUUAAAUUCAAGUUUUGUUAGUCAUGGAGGUGACAAUAGCAGAGUUAAUGAAGGUACUAACGUGUAUAAAUCUAGUGGACCAGAAGAAGGGAGGAUUUUAUGUUCUAAUGCGUCUGAUCCUCUUCUACUUCCUUCUGGAAAUAGUGGACUUCCAGUGGUUGGAAAUGAUGGUAGACCAGGCUCUUCAUUGGAUGGUCGGCGUGCGCCCUGCAAAAGAAAAUCUAUUGAAGGAAAUGUUGCACAGUCCUCCCUAAGUGGAAGCAGUAACUACUCGCAACAUAUUGAAAGUGGUUCAGAAGCCCAUCUUCCAGUGUUCCCUGGUCGCUACAACACAGGCAGUAGGAUAAGCAUACCUCCUCCACCAGCACGAAUGAAUCAGGCCCCUGUACGAGGUGCAGGUGAACUAACUUCCAACAACUUCUCUGAGUCAAUUGUUGCUGAAAGCUCAGACAGUUCUCAAAGAAACUACCGUAUAAGGAUUAGUUCAUCAAAUGCACAAGAUUCUUUCGCAUCGGCAGGAACUGCUGUUAGGCAUCCUGGGCCACCAUCUUCCCAGCUGCCAGCUAGACUUCUACCUGCUGAACAUAUAUUAGACUUGAGGCCAGCACCAGCUGUAGACAAUGUAUCAGCUCAAGGUCAGCCAAUUAUGAUACAUGUGCCUGCUUUACCUCGAAAUUUGCAACCAUAUAGGUGGAAUGGGAGCUCUACGUCCAGAAGUGGCAGUUCAUCAAGCUCUGCAGGAGAGAGGCAGGUGGUGCAACGUGAAGAGGUGAGACCAAGCAUCAUGGGAAGAAAUGUAUCUGAACAUCCUAUGUUUCUCCCAGCAAAUGAGCUGAGGGGUUUGGUUCGCAGUCCAUCGAGUAGAGCUUUAGCAUCUUCGAACUUGGCCAUUCCUGGAAAUGUUGCUUCUACAUCCAGGGUUGGUUCAAGUUCAGGGGUACAUCCCUCUUCUGGACCUUGGAUUCCUCCUGAGAGUUCUCCUACACAGUUCCCCAGGAGGUUAACAGAAUAUGUUCGUAGGCAGUUAUUUGCUUCUGCUACAAACGAGUCAGGAGGAAGGACAAGUAAUUAUUCACAGCGUUCAGGUUCUACUUCUGCCCAGGAGAUGGUCCUUUCAUCUGGAUCUGGCCGCCGAGGGCACCAUUUAUUGCAACCGAGGUCUGCAUUAUGGAUGGAAAGAAGAGGUGACGGAGGACUUGGUCUUCCCUAUUCAUUACGAACUUUGGCUUCUUCUGCUGAAGGAAGUGACAAUAAUAGACUUGUGUCUGAGCACCUUCGUAAUGUCUUGGGCCUUGUUCGCAGGGGUGAAAGCUUACGAGUUGAGGAUGUGAUGAUCCUGGACCAAUCACUAUUUUUUGGAAUGGCUGAUAUUUAUGAUAGGCACAGGGACAUGCGUCUAGACGUUGAUAACAUGUCGUAUGAGGAAUUGUUGGCAUUGGAAGAGCGUAUUGGGAAUGUCAAUACAGGACUAAACGAAGAGACGAUAGUUGCUCGACUGAAACAAAAGAAGCAUGUGAAUGCUGUUGAGUCACAGGUGGAAGAAGAACCAUGCUGUGUUUGUCAGGAGGAAUACGUUGAAGGAGAAGACAUUGGAACGCUGGAAUGCGGGCAUGACUUUCACACAGCUUGUAUUAAGCAGUGGCUGAUGCAGAAGAAUCUGUGUCCCAUAUGCAAAACAACUGGUUUAGCAAGCCGAGAAUGAGGCUUGGUGUGGUGGUUGCUGUUGCUGCUUAAAAAACAAGGAGUUCAAAGCAAAGCAACUAUGACGGAUGGGAUCAAGGGAUGAAAUGCUAUGAUGUUGCUUGCCAAUUAUCUACCUCUGAAGAACCACAUUCAAGUUUCUCUAUAUACAAGUAGUAAAAUUUUUAUAUAAUGCAAGCAAUCAUUUUUUUAAAAAAAAAAAAAAAAAUUUGUUUUGGAAGGAAGAAAAAGAAGAAAAAAGGAAGAAGAAGAAGAAGAAGAAGAAGAAGAAGAAAAAUUCAAGGGUUGUAAUUGGCAAGGAAUUGUUAGCUUUAAGGUUAUGAUGAUGAUGGUCGAUCAAACUAAUUAAUGUUUACUCCCAUUGACAUUAGAGAUUGUUGGUCUUAAUAUAUCAUCGGAUUUUUCCAUA